AUGAGCAGUAAAAAAGGCAAGAAAGGCAGCAAGAAAACGCCGAAGGGGAGAGGAGGCAAAGGCAAGAAUGUUCUGCCGCCGACGCCGUCCGCGCCGCCCCCGCCGCCCCCGCCACCUUUACAGAUGUCCAAGGAGGAUGCGGAGAGGGUCCAGCAGACCGAGGCACUCCAGGACCUCAUGGGCAAAAAGAUGGCCAUCUGGAAAGAGAUUCUGUCCGCGGCCAGAGACAUGGAUCGCAAGGAGGGACUGAAACAAUACCGGACCAUGGCGGCGGAAGAACUGCGAAUCAUCGCUCGAAACGUCUCGAAGACAAAGCUCCGGGAACUCACCGACCAGAAGAUAAACUACUUCAGCCAGAUUGGUAUAUCGGACUCCGACGACAAUAAAAUCGCCAACAUGCAAGGCUUCCGACAGGUAGGCGAUGAAGAACGCCUGCUUUGCGCUUUGGAGGCGCCCGAGGUGGCACCCCGUGUUUUUCCGGACGUAGCAUUGGACGAGGCUUCUCUCGCGAAAUUCGGUACACUACCUCCCGGAGCGUUUGGGGGACAAGCUGGGCCUGUCCGGAAACAGGAGUCGUGUACCUCGCUCGUCGGGGACACUGCAGUUCUGGAGCGACUAGAGGACCAGGUGUCAAUUCUCGAAAAGGCUGCCCUACAGUCGCGCAAUGGAGAGCGCGCCACGCCUUACGGAGGAGUGAUAAGGCAAGGUGGGCACCCUCCUCCAUUGCCACUAUCCCCUGCUCAGCUCAUGCAACAAGCGCAGAUGAUGUCUGCGCGCCUGCCCAAAAGGCGACUCCCUCCCACAGGUCAAUCGCCGCAAGUGGAGCACAAGAGUAGGCUGGUGUCCGAGUUUGUGGAGAAGUUGGCCGGAGAAAUUGCGGCCAACAGAAUUAGCAAGUCGGAGGCUCGGAAGCAGCUGAAGGACAUUGUGGAGAUGGAGAACGAACUGACUGAGACACUCGUCUCGGCGACCACCGUGAGACCCGACGUGACGGAGGAUAAGUUACAGGCCAUUGCCGAAAUGUACAAGGAAAUUUCGUCCACCAUAAUUUCAAACCCUGAAAUGAACAGGGAAGAAGCAAUGAACAAGCUUAAAAGAGUGGCUGCGAUGGAGCACGAGCUCACGCAAGCCCUCGUGCCUGAUGAAGUAUUCCCGUACCAGCAGAAGUCUGCCGAAGACAGCAUGGUCAAAUUACAACAAAUGAAACUAAACCUUACCGAUGAACUGCAGAGAAAUAUGGCUGUGUCUCAGCCGGACGCCGACAGAGUCCAAGAGAGCAUUAAAAAGUUGUACGAAUUGGAGCUCAAGCUGAUGGAUAAACUUUUUACUGCAAAAUCGGAAGGUAACCGUCGGCACGAGCGAGGUCCCCGUCGUGACAGAGACGAUGACGAUGGUAAACGUCUGUACUUGAAAAGCAAGAGGAGACCAACCACUACUAUCGAGCUGUCAUUGGGAACGCCGUCAGAUCACGAGGACGACAACAUCGUGCCUAUGAUUCCAAUUAAACCUCCGCAAAAUGGGAGAGAUGGUUUGGAGAAAGCUGGCAAAAGCUGUCCCGUUCACGGAAACCGAACGAUGCCCUGCCGCUUGCACCCUAAAGAUAAGAAGAAGGACCCGUCUUGUCCAGUGCAUUCUGAGCGCUUACGUACGACAUUGUCAUGGACCGUGAGUCCUGGAGAUGGCGGUGAUGCAUCAGACCGCACGACGCGCGAGAGAAGUGGUGUAAACCACCAUAUGGAAAGCAAACACCCCGAAAGAGAACAGUACAAUCAAAGGACAAUAUCACAACCACCACCUCCGCCUCACCCGUAUCCUGGCCGUCCUCCUCAUCCGUACCCGCCCCCUCAUCCUGGUCACAUGGUUCUGCCUGCGCCGAGUCCAUGGACACCUCCGAUGUACCCGCAGUAUCCACCAUGGGACAUGUCGAGACGGCCCGCAGUGGCUUACCCCGAGCAGCAUCGUCAGCCACAAGAAUUGGGCGUAAGAGAGCCACCUGUCGAGCGGGAACCUGCUGACGGCGCGGAACGCUACAUCGUCCCUACCAGGUACCAGGGCACGCAACAAGAGCGGGUUCGCAACGAGGACGAAUAUUCGUAUUUCGGCGCUACCGGAAACUACAACAAGCAGUCCUGGGAUACCGCUGGACAGGAAGUGCCGCAGCACUACAUGCCCCAGGAUUUUCCUCUAAUGUAUUCGGUCGUGCCGAUGGGAGAUACUGUUUUCUAUAAUUCGGCUCAGGUUAUGGGUUACAGAAGAAUGCCCAACGUUGAUGUAGCGGUGGACGCUGCGCAACCCAUAUUUGAGGGCGACGAGGGUGGCAAGGAAAGUGGUCCUAUUGUCUUCGAAGCUGGAAUUGAAAUAAACGUUUCGCCUAGUGGUACACAAGCUCCUGUCACGCAACCGACGCAGCUGGUUGUGCCAAGGGUGCAUUCGUCCGCUUCUACUCUUCUGCCCGCCCAGCUGCCGUCCCGACUUGAACCUCCAUCACCACGUCCCGCGCGAAGGCAGCGACCACAACGAAGGCCGAGUUUGUCACGUCAGUACCGGGGAAGAUCAAGAGAAAGAAACUUUGUUACGUAUUCCGAAGAUGACGAACUCGACAACGACAGCGAAGAAUUUACGUUCAGACGUCCGAGAAGGUCGGGUUCUCCCAAACGAGGAACACGUCGAGAUGAACGCUCCUGGCGAAGCGGCUUCGGUGACGAUUCGGAGAGACCACCUCUGCCAAGAUCGAGGAAGCGCCGGAGCAGAACAUCUCAGCGGUCGCGGCGGUCUUACAACGAAAAUGCUGCCGAAGAGGUGCCACCCGGACUUCCGUUUUGGGAUUGGAUCUGCAAGAGCAUCUGCAACCUGCUGCCAUUUGCUAGGGACGAAAGCGGCAACAAGAGCAGAAGAGGGGUCGGCAUCCAGGAGCUGGUGAACGAAGUCAUGGCGACGUCAGAGGAAGUUGUUCAAGCCAAGCGUCAACUGCAGAGCAGUGACGGAAACCCAGAGGCCUCCGUUCGUAGCAUGGGAGACCUCGAGGGCAAAUUAUGGAAGCUGAUAGAUUUGGAAGUUGAUCUCGUCAACGAGCUUGCUCGCUACCGAUGGUCAGGAGACGUCCAAGAUCCACGAGCAGAGAUAAAGCUCAACAACGCCGAGGAGAAGAUUUGGAAAGUGAUCGGGGUACAAAAGCGCUUGGCUCAGGACCUGGGAGAGUGGAGAAAGAAUUCGACGAGGACGUUUCAAACUAGGGCUCCCGACCCCGUCGCUGUGGCUCAACCACUGAGUUAUGGCUACGAAGCAAACUACAAUCCUGUGGUCUACGGCGAUCCGGCGAACUUCAACCCAAACAAUCGUGAUAACAUGGGCGGUUAUGUGAACUCUGGAAAUCAGGGAGGUUCAGGAAAUCCUGCAGUUUUAGACGGUCGCGACAAUCCAAAUCUCCGGACGUCGAGAGAGGCCGAAGAGUCUACCCAACCUCCCAUGACACAUCCUAAAGUCAAAAAACAGUCUUCCAAGCAAUCGAAGAUGUCUAAAGCAUCUAAGGCAUCCAGAAAGUCGGAGCGGUCCACACGCGCAUCACGAAAGAAACAGAGGAAACAACAGAGCUUGAGCAAUGAUGUCUCCCCUGUGGCAACACCUGUGAAAAGAACGAAGAGCCGAAAGUCUUCCAAGAAGCGUAGCCGGUCUCGGGACCUUUCCCCGGAUACAACCACGUCCAACACCACCACAAACACGUCGGUUCAGUCUAGCGGAGGGAGUACGUCCGAAUACAGCACCGAUUCGACCGAUAUAACAGGCACGGUCGUCACUGAACCUGACUCCAUUACCAUCGCAACCACCAUUGUCAUCUCCAGCGAAAUGGAUGACGCCGAAGACAACCAGAGACCGUCCGCCGUUUCCUGGAAGUCCCCUAGUAAAGAGUUCUUAUCGAGCAUUGACCGAUCUCAGGUGACCCCCGUCGAAUGGGAGACAAAGAGGAAGGGGAAGUACAUCUACGUCAGGCCGAGGCAGGGCGGCACUGGGCGAAAGCCAGUACGGAGCGCGUCUCACUCACCGCCCAAGGCCCGAAAGCCACGGGCACAUCCAAACGCGAGAAGGCAUUCCGCGGGUCCCAAGGACAGCUUCGAACUGUACGGCACCAACGGCUCCCGGCAUAGACGCGACCACCGCGGUCACGCCGUCGACUGUCGGAACAGCUCAUACUACAAAACGGACCACAGGCCGAGUCCUCACAGACACCCAGAGCGCCCCAAGUCGCACAUCUAUGCAGGCCCUCCGGAAUACUCCAGGUCCUUCGAUCGACACAGACAUAGCGCUCGCCGGCAUCGUUUGCACACUUACUGCGAUCCUUACGUGCAACGACAUCGCAGGGCUCACCACGAUGUAGAUGACGGCGAGACGGUUCUUUCGGCUACCAUAUCUUUGUUGGACUCUGAUGGCACGAUGGAGAACGUGUAUGGCCACAGGAUGCCCAGAGAGAACAAUAGUGUGGCGUACCACCACGAAGGGAGGAGAAGACGGUACCGAUCAAUGGGACCACAUUCAAGCCGAUCCGAACGUCGCUCUAGAAGUCAAUGGUCUGUCUGA